AUGGUCGGUCACCAAUUUUUGGAAGGUAGUAAUCCACCUGUGACAGCUCAACAGUCUUGCCAGUAUAGCUCAUUCCUCCAGGUAAAUAGAGCCGACGAUCUGGUGUCAUCUGGUUCCGCAGCAAAACCUGACCUCGAGAACAGUCGAGCAGGAACAAGAAGUAACAUACUAUUAGCAACAGCUAUGAUCUUGCUAAUCGAUGAUGCUGGAGAUGAAUAUCCAGUUCGCGCGUUAUUAGAUUCAGGAAGCGAGUGCAGUUUUAUUGCCGAAAGGAUAGCGCAACGAAUGAGCAUUCAUCAAAACAAGGUCAGCAUUUCGGUUACGGGCAUUGGACAGGCAUCCACGCAAGUUCAAUACAAGUUUCGAUCUACGGUGAAGUCGCGAAUUACAAAUUUUUCAACAAUGAUCGAAUUACUAGUUCUCCCGAAGGUAACUGUUGAUUUACCUUCAAUGUCUGUUGAUGUGACAUCAUGGCCCAUACCAACCGGCAUUAAGUUAGCAGAUCCUUUCUUCUAUGAAUUCGGUUCCGUCGAUGUCGUGCUUGGAGCAGAAGUGUUCUUCGACUUAUUUAAAACCUCAUGUCAGAUCCCACUCGGCAAUACUCUACCUACACUGGUCAAAUUGGUCCUUGGAUGGAUCGUUUCUGGAAAGGCGAGCGAGCAUACUCCUCAUUCUAUUGUCUGCAACGUCGCAGCUACUGCAGGUAUUCAUCAUAAUAUGGAGAGUUUCUGGACAAUCAAAAAGGACUCCAAGCCAGCACAUUCGCCGGAAGAAACCCUUCGUGACACGAUAUGCAACGAAACAUUAAGCCGAGUUGGUCACCAUAACAUUAACGAAAUCUAUGGACGAGGGUCUCCAGCUUGUCCACGAGAAGAGAAUCAAAGAAUGAAAAAUUUCCCCUCAAACUUGUUUAUCCCUCAUCAUUCCGUGAUUCGAGAGGAGAGCAGUGCAACCAAAGUGCGCAUCGAAAUUUCUGCCAGCUUUAUUUCGAAAGGGCUUCUGCAGACGAAAUGA